AUGGCCACGACCGAGGGCAAGGGCGUCCUCCUCAAGUCGGACGCGAUCGCGGACGGAUUCCGUGCCGAGAUCAAAGCUACGCUCGCUGCAGCGCCCCGCCCACCCAAGCUGGUGGGCAUCCUGUCGACCGCGGCGGAGCCGAGCAAGUUCUAUGCGGAGUUCACGAGGAAGCAGUGCGAGGCACUGGGGGUUGCGUUCGAGCUGAGGCGAGUCGGGCAGGCAGCAGACGCAUCGCUUCAAGCUGGCGAGGGGGCGGAGGAGGCGAUCAUUGAGGCGAACGAGGACGAUACUGUGGACGGGAUCAUGGUAUAUUACCCCGUCUUCGGGGCGCAGCAGGAUCACUACCUCCAGCAGGUCGUCUCCCCUCUGAAGGAUGUCGAGGGCCUUCACGCGAAAUGGCAUUACAAUCUCUAUCAUAACAUUCGCUUCCUGAAGCCAGAGACUCUGGCAUCCUCGUUGCUCAACGCGUCCGCAUCCGGUCAUCUCAAUGUAGCGGACGAUCAACCUCCGCCAGGCUACGUGAAGUCUAUCCUUCCCUGCACCCCCCUUGCAAUCGUCAAGGUCCUCGAGUACACCGGGGUGUACAACAAGUUGCUCCCGUACGGUGACCGCGCUUACGGCAAGACCAUCACUGUGAUCAACAGGUCCGAAGUUGUCGGCCGCCCGCUCGCCGCACUGCUCGCGAACGACGGCGCGCGUGUCUUCUCCGUGGACAUCGACUCGAUCCAGGAGUACACGAAGCGGCCGCAGACCGCCGCGGCGCGCGAGUUCCACACCCGGCACGUCGCGGGCCCCGCGACGCUGGGCCUCGACGAGGUCCUCAAGCACUCCGACGUCGUCGUCUCCGCCGUGCCGAGCCGCGACUACAAGGUACGGACCGCGGCGCUCAAGGACGGAUGCGUCGCGGUGAACGUCGCUGCGGACAAGAACUUCGAGGCGGACGUGCGGGACCGGGCGUCCAUUUAUCUCCCCACGAUUGGGAAGGUGACGAUUAUGAUGCUUCUCCGGAACCUGUGA